GUUGGGCGUUCUUGUGCCUCACUAGUUUCCCAUUGUGCUGGUUGUCUACCAAAGCAAAUCGAGGCAAGCAAUGCUCUCGAGUUCCCACACAAUUUGAACAGGCAAGGAAGAAGCAAGAGAGGGUAUACUUCGUUGAGUGAAGAAAUCAGGUCCUAAAGAGCAGCAGCAAUUGAAGCCUCCUUCACUCUCUUCAUCUCUUCUGUCCUUUCUUUCAAGGCAUCUUUCUCGUUCUAGCUAGCUAGCUAGCCACCACAGUAGAAGUCCUUGAAUCAAUAUGAGUUCUACAGGUGGCAAUGGCGCCGGCACUGGUGGCAGUGGCCCUCCUCGAUUGCCGCCCCGCAAGAACAGCGGCAGCCGCAGUAAGAUCGGGCGUCAAACACAACCACAACGAUCUCGCAGUGGUCCUCGUCCGUUUACUACUAGUGCCGGCCGUGGGACCAGUCAUUCUCCAGCACCCCCCACCGAUCGCAGUAUCGCAAGUGGCGACCGACGACGCUUUGUACCCAGUCGCAGCAAGAGUGCCGAAGGUGCCGGCUUUAAAUGGGUCCGUGGCGCCAGCAGUCGACGCAUGACGGCAGCCGAAGAACAAGAUUUUGAAUUGGAAACGGCAGCACUCGAAAAAUCAUCCCGAGGAUCGACGCGGUUCAAUCGCACGGCUGUUGCCACGGCUGCCAAUACCACCAUGACGACGGAAAAGAGAGAAAAGCGACGUAGCAGUAUGGGUCACUCUAGUUUAGCCGACUUGUCUGGUGGUGGUGGUGGAGCUGGAGCUGGAGCUGAUUUUGUCAAUUUGAUGGAAGACAGCAUGGUCGAUCUGGGCACGAGCAGUCAUACUCGAGAUUCCGUCAGUCAACAAGCCGCCAAGGAAGAAUCCGAAUCCAGUCUCUUCAGUCCACCAUCCUCUGCGCUAUCGUUACUAGGAACCAGUGGCCGUGGACAAUCGUCCGCGGCGUCACUGCGCAGCAAACACAAGACCACUGUCGCAUUGCGUUUUUUGGAAGAUCAAGAUCAAGAAGGUGACUUUGAUCUGUCGCCGGGAGGAGGAUUCCCCACGCAACCCGCCGCAUCCGCCAACAGCAAUGCGGCAUUGAACAACAAUCCAUCCAUGAUGAACAAGAGUGUCGCCGACUUUCACAUGUCCCAACUCAACUUUCCCACCAUUGCCAGUGGCGGCAAGGGCGGCAUUUUUGAUGAUGAAAGUCUCCGCGAAGAGAAUACCCGGCAGUCUCGAUUCCGCAAAAAAGCCAAUGAGAUUUCUUCUAUCCCCGAAACCAAUGUCUUUACCACUCGUCAGGAUUUGCGGGAAGUCGAUCAAUCCGUCAAUCUCAUGGAUGUCGAAACGGGCAAGUACGAACCUCGUCGCAAGAAUCGACGUGGCAAAAGUUCUACUCGCAUGUCCAUGGUCGAUGUGUUCUUGGGAGAAUCACACAAUACGUCCGAUGUCUUUUCAUCCGUUGGAUUGAUGAAGAAACGGGGUAAUCAAAAGGGCUAUGGUGGCAAAUCCUGUUGGGAUCGUUGUGUCGAUUGUUGUUCCGCCAUUUUUAAAGUGGUCUGCAGUUUGCCCGUACUCAUCUUUGUGGCGGUUCUCAGCGCGGGUCUCAUUGGUAUUCCCAUGUAUCUGGAGUAUCAAGAAAAUCAUCCUCCGGCUCCAGCUCCCAUUGAGACACCCGCUCCUGUGGCUGUCGAAACACCUGCUCCAACAGAAGUUCCCGUCACGGAUGCUCCCGUGGCUGUACCGGCACCACAGCCAGAGACUACCGCUACUAGUGCUGGCACUGCUACUAGUGGCACAACUACCACUACGGCCGAAGCCAACCUGGCCGACGCCCUCUUUCCCGCCGCACAAGUGGAGCGACGUGUCGCUGCCGUCGAAAACUUUUUGAACAAGGCCGGAGUGGAUGUCGACGUGUCGGUACCCAGCAUGGUCCAAGCCAUUACCUGGUUGGCGGCAUAUGAUCCUGCCAUGCUCGUCUUGUCGUCGGCCAUUCAAAAUGAAGUCGUGCAGCGUGUCGCCAUGGCGGGGUUUUACUAUGCCACGCAUCCCAAGGAAUUUGCCAAUACCACGGGCGUCUCGCCACUGUCUGGACAACGAUUCUUGUCCAAUAACAACAAUAUUUGGAUGUCUCAAAAGAACAUUUGCGAAUGGCAAGGACUCGAGUGUGACAAUGAUGAUCUGGUCAUUCAUCUCAACAUGUCUCGUCACGAUUUGCACGGAACACUGCCCGACAGUUUGACACUGCUCACGGACCUGGUCGAACUGGAUUUGAGUCGCAACCUGUUGGAAGGAACAUUGCCGGUCAGUUGGACCACUGCCUUUCCCAAGCUCGAGUAUCUUUGGCUGCACGACAACCAGUUGACGGGCGAAUUGCCCGAAUCGGUAGGAGAGCUCGGAGAUUCUGUCUUUCAUUUGGACUUGUCCGAGAAUCAGUUUAGUGGAAAGUUGCCAACGAGUCUGGGACAACUGUCGGCGACCCGUUUGUUGUAUCUGCACAAGAACAAGUUUCAUGGCAAGAUUCCUGUGGAGUUGGGCCAUUUGCCCAAGAUUGAAUACCUCUACUUGGGCAACAACGAGUUGUCGGGAGAAGUACCCAUGGACCUGCUGGCCAAGAUUGCCACGGUGAAAGACCUGAGAUUGAAUGAUAAUGGCGGCCUCAGUGGCACGGUCCCGCCGGAGAUUGAGUCUUUGCAUCGACUCGAGUUCUUGUCGUUGGCUGGCAAUAAGAUGCACGGGCAACUACCAGAUGUCUUUGAACGAUUGCACUAUUUGGUCGAUUUGGAUGUCUCCAAUAAUAAAAUCAGCGGCAGUUUACCGGCAAGCAUCGGGAAGGCCACUUUGUUGGAAAACUUGAGACUCGAACACAACGAGAUUGGAAGCACGAUCCCAGCGACUUGGUUGACUCUCACCAAUUUGGUGACACUCGCCUUGCAUAAUAACAAAUUGAAGGGCCCGAUUCCCCAAUCAAUCAGCGAUAUGGUCAAGCUGAAGGAUCUCCUUCUGAACAACAACCCGCUGACGGGAACAAUUCCUCAGCAACUGGGACAGCUGAAGCACAUCGUGAAUGUGUCCCUCCACGAAACAGAUCUGACCGGAGAGCUCCCCUCCAGCUUUCAAGAUCUCUAUACUCUUGAGUCACUCCGAAUGCAAAAGACCAAACUUACUGGUGAAGUACCUGCUGAAGUGUGCCUGCUGAAGUAUGAACACAAAUUAGACUACAUCGCGUCGGAUUGCUCCUCUGGGAUUGACUGCGAGUGCUGCAGCGAGUGCUUCUAGAUGAACUUACUGACAUGGAUGGGCUUUCGUUUCAUGGGCCUCGAUGGUUGUGCAUAUUUUUAAGAGCAAUGAUGUCUGCCUAGACUUGGUGCAUUUCAAAACUUCAGUCCUCCAUUGCAGCCAUUGUAUGCGUGGAAAUCCCUGUACUCUUGUGUUCGCUGCUGGGGCCUCUUACUCGACCAGUGCUUUUCCGGUAGACUCAAAUCCAGAAAACUAUAGAAUCUUCAUCUUCAAAACGAAAUUCAUUGCGUCGCUACCAUUUCUUCUUAUUGUUGGCUACGUCGUACUGGCACAACGCCUUGGUAUCUACAAAGACAUUUGACUCGACUCUUCCAAAAGGCUACAGUAGCCCGGGGGGUCGAGCAAUGCUGGACGGGUCCCAGCUGGCUAGUGGUGGCGAAGCUUGUUGGAAUUCACAUGGAAGCUUCGGACCAGGAACCAACCUCGGCGCCGAUUGCUGCCAAUCCAGCCAUAAGAGACAUACGAUUCAGCAAAGAGUGCGGUCGAACUCUAGCCAGGCAGAGGUUUUUUUUUUGGGGGGG